AUGAGGUGCCCCGAAUCGGGUGGACUGGAGUGCAAAAGCGCUUUCGAGGAGCUGGGCAUAUGCCCGGAGAUCAUCCAGGCCAUCGAGGAGGACGACUGGCUGCUGCCCUCCGCAGUGCAGCAGGAGGCUAUACCGCUAAUCCUCACGGGCGGUGACGUCCUUGCCUCCGCGGAGACGGGGAGCGGCAAGACUGGUGCCUUCGGCCUGCCCUGUCUGCAGAUAGUUCACGAGAACCUGUGCGGGAAGUGCAAGACGACCGAGUCGACCGGCUCCAACACGAAGUGCGAGCUGGACGUCAACGACAAGGACGUGGCCGUGCACAUCACGGAGGACGCCCUCGAGUGCAAGAGCGAGGACGGCAAGCGCUGGAACGGGGUCCGGGGGACGUUCGAGGUCACGGCGGGCAAGUACAUGUACGAGGUCGAGGUAGUCUCGGGCCUGCUGCGCGUCGGCUGGAGCGCGGGCAGCACGAAGCUGGAGCUGGGCCUGGAGAGCAAGAGCUUCGGCUUCGGCUCUACGGGCAAGAAGAGCUGGAACAAGGCCUUCGACGAUUACGGCGAGGCCUACCAGGAGGGCGACGUCAUAGGGGCUCUGCUCGACCACGACGCCCACACCAUCUCUUUCUUCAAGAACGGGAAGGACCUGGGCGUCGCCUUCACGCUGCCGUCGGACCUGGAGGACGUUGGCUUCAAGCCGCACCUCUGCGGCAAGGGCUUCGCGGCUGUCGCGAAGUUCGACGGGCCCAUGGAGUACCCCGUGGAGGGCUACGCGCCCCUCGGCGACAUCGACCCGGCGCACCGCGGCAUGGGCGCCGUGGCCCCGUCCGGCGCCCGCCUGCCCCUCUGCAUGAUCUUGGAGCCCACACGCGACCUCGCGGACCAGACCUUCAAGUGCAUGGUCAAGUUCAACAAGCACCUGGACAGCCCGAAGGUGCGCAUCACGCUGCUGGUGGGAGGGCAGGACGACGCGGACCAGCUCCGCGAGCUGAAGCAGGGCACGGACAUCGUGGUGGGCACGCUGCAGAAGACUCUGGACCACGUGCGCAAGGGGCACUUGGACGUCUCGCAGAUCAAGUUCUUGGUCCUAGACGAGGCCGACGACCUCCAGAAGAAGGACGACAAGAAGGAGCUGCCGGGCCUGAGCCAGCAGAUUAAAAGGGGCCGGCGCGACCGCGUCCAGACCCUCUUCUUCAGCGCGACCCUGCACACCCCGGAGGUCAAGGGGAUGAUCAGCGAGAUAACGACCAACCCGGUGUGGGUGGACCUGAAGGGCAAGGACGCGGUGCCCGAGCACUUGCACCACGCCGUCUACUUCAUAGACCCCGCUCAGGAGCUGCCCUGGUCCGACGCGCAGCUCGCGGAGCACGCCAAGUUCCCGGAGGUCCAGCCGCCCUCGGACGGCGUGCACUCCAAGCCGUCCAUGUCGGAGUUGGACCAGAAGCACCCGACGGCCCUGCGGAUGUCGGACAAGAUCAAGCAGAUGAAGCCGAAGAUGAUAGUGAAGCUCGCGGACGCCUUCAAGAUGAGCCAGUGCCUAGUGUUCUGCAGGACGAACAUCGAGGUCGACCUUGUGGAGGAGUACCUCUGCAGGCUCGGCGGCGUCAAGAAGGGCUUCGGCGCCAAGGUGGAGUCGGGCAAGGAGAACCCGUACUCCUGCGUCGUGCUGGCCGGAGGGCGGUCUGGAAAGGAGAGGCAGAGAAACCUGGAGACGUUCAAGGAUGGCGACGUCCGCUUCAUGAUCUGCACCGACGUCGCGGCACGCGGGAUCGACGUCGCGGGCCUGCCGUUCGUAAUACAGAUGACGCUUUCGGACGACAUUGAGAACUACAUACACCGCAUCGGGCGGUGCGGCCGUGCCGAGAGGCUCGGCCUGGCAAUAUCGCUGGUCGCGUCCCAGAGGGAGAAGGUGUGGUACCACAAGUGCCCCUCCAGGGGCAAGAACUGCCUGCCGAAGCCGGGCAACACCAAGCUCACGAUCCCCUUCGAGAAGGACGGGAAGCUAGCAGCGGCGGACGACGGCAAGUGGUGGGUGGACGAGGGCGGCUGCACGAUCUGGUACGACGAGCUCGACAUCCUGAGCAAGGUGGAGAAGCGCAUCGGCAUGCCCAUGCUGGUCAUGGACCCCGCCGACCUGAGCGUCGAGGGCGUCCUGGACAGCCCGCUCCCCGGGGGCAAGAAGAAGACUGCUCCGGCCGACGAGAACCAGGAGCCUCUCAGCCGGCGCGCGCAGAAGCGCAAGCUCGUCGAGCCGAAGGCCGUGGUCUACGGCAUGAAGAAGAGCGAGUCUUCCGCCGCCACGUCCUCCAAGCACCUGUCGUCCAUCGCCCCGGCGGUUCGCGAGCUCGGGGCGCUGGAGAGGAAGAUCCAGCAGAUCUUCGCGAAGGCCGUCGGGGGGUGCCAGCCACAGGCCAACACCAGUCUCCUGGCCAGGCUGGCCUCGGACAGGGCCAGUGCAAAGAUUAUCAGGAGGGAAAAACACACAGACACAAUGAAUCGUCGAUUCCCAGGAAAAUAUACGAAAAUAUUGGAAGUGAGGGGGAAGAAAAAAACACAAAAAAUAUGA